UUUCAGAUGACUUUCCUGAAGAUGAAAUUGAUAUUCGUUUCCCUCCUGGUCCUGGGAGUUCUUUGUCUGUAUUUCAGUAUGUACAGCCUGACUUCAAUUAGAAAUAUCUUCAACACUGAGAGGAGAGUCUUCCUCCAGCUCCCAGAGCUCAACUGUGAACAGAACCCUCCCUUCCUGAUCCUGCUGGUGGCCUCGACCCAGGAGCAGGUGUUUGAUCGCUCUGUCAUCAGGGGCACCUGGGGCAGAGAAAGGCUGGUGAGAGGGAAACGCAUCAACACCUUCUUCCUCUUGGGGGCAGCUCCCAAGAAGCACAUCUCAGGAGAGGUGUCCCAGGAGAGCCAGCGUCACCGAGACAUCAUCCAGAAGGACUUUGUGGACACGUAUAAUAACCUGACCCUGAAGACGCUGAUGGGCAUGGAGUGGGUCCACCGCUUCUGUCCCCAGGCGGCUUUCGUGAUGAAGACAGACACGGACACCUUUGUGAACAUCUAUUACCUGACUGACCUGCUUCUGCAGAAGAACAGGACCGCCCGGUUCUUCACAGGCGCCAUAUUUAUCAACGUCUCCACCGUUAGAGAUGAGAACAACAAGUGGUUUGUGAGCACAGAGGAGUAUCCGAGGGACAAGUACCCUCCCUUCUGCUCGGGCUCUGGCUACGUCUUCUCCAGCGACAUGGCAGGGCUGGUCUACAGCGUGUCCCAAAGUGUCCCCUUCCUGAAGCUGGAGGACGUGUUCGUGGGGCUCUGCCUCGAACGACUGAACAUCACACCAGAGCCUCUGCACUCAGAAGACACUUUCUUCCCUAACUGGCUGCCGUUCAGCACCUGUCUCUUUAAGAAAAUCGUGACCUCACAUCCCAUCGAGAUUGGAUUUGCUUUCUUGUAUUGGAACAGUCUGGAAAAUUCUCUGGAAGAAGAGUGUCCAUCUGCUUCUGGGAGUCCAGCUGCACAAGUGACAUCCAGUAGUGACAUUGUCUGA